AUGCAAAAUUUCGGGACACAGACCCCCAAGUUACAGCUUCAAAUUACUGGCGUCUUUGACCAGACUACCGUCACCGUUUCUGUCCCGUGCAACGUCUGUGAGAAGGAAUUUACGAAGACCGUUAUUGUGCAUAAAGGAAAGCUGGAGUCCAUCGUCCUCCCUCCCUCUAUUGAAAUCACGGGUAGCAAAGUGUUCCCCAACGUGGUUCGCGUCUCUGCAGACAAAGAUAUUUCAGUGGUAUCUUUCAGCUCCAAGCCUCUGAGCACUGAAAUUUCACAACUCUUCCCUAGAAGUGCCUCAGGAACUGAGCAUUAUGUUGUCACCCCAACGGGAGGUCCUAGGGGGGCUUUCCCACAGUUUGCAGCCUUAUCUUACGAAGAAUCUAAUGUGGUAGAGAUCUAUCUGACAGCACAGGUGGUCUUCGAAGGCAAAACUUACUCUGCUGGAAGUAAACUUACAGUAACACUGGCUGCUUUUCAAGGAAUCCAGUUGCAAGCGACAGGGGACUUUUCUGGCACCAGAAUUGUCUCUCAGAAGCCAGUGGUAGUCCUAGUGGGUCAUAUCUGUUCAUGGAAAUACACCAAAUGCAACUUUGUCUUUGAGCAGCUCAGAGUGGAACAUCCGAAUUUACCAUUUGGCCUCCUCAUUGUGGGUGUGGCAAGCAUGGACUGCUAUGGGACUUUUGGUGGUAAUUUGCAAGUAUCGGAAUGUCCUCCCAACAGUGAGUACCAGCAAUGUGGAACAGCCUGCCCAGCCACCUGCCUGGAUGCCCAAACUCAGCAGCAACUCCUCUGCCCAGCGGUGUGCAUAGCAGGAUGUCAAUGCCUGCCAGGUUAUGUGCUGAGCCAGGGGAAAUGCAUCCCCAAGAGCAGUUGUGGAUGUUGGCACAAAGGCUACCUCUUUGCCCCCAAUGAGGGUUUCUGGGCCGAUGAUAAAUGCACAAAGCGAUGUGUGUGCAACCCAGCCAUGAAUCGGGUUGAGUGCACCCAACAAGCUUGCAAAUCCACAGAAAAAUGCCUAGUUGUAAAAGGUGUGAGGGAAUGCUACCCUAUUGACUUCGUUGACUGCAAAGUUCAUGGCGAUCCCCACUAUAUUUCCUUCGACAACUAUAAAUUUGAUUUCCAAGGGCCCUGUGCCUAUGUCCUCACUGAAGUGUGUGAAAAACCCAUGGAUCUGAUUUGGUUUGGUGUCUAUGUCCAGAAUGAGUAUCGGGGAAACCGUGCUGUGUCCUGGACCCGGAGUAUACAAGUCAAUGUCUAUGGUAUAGAGAUCAUAAUCAGUAGGCAAUAUCCUGGGAAAGUCUUGGUUGGGGGUAUAUUGACCUGCCUGCCUUAUAAUGCUGUUGGAAAAAAAGUCAAGAUAUAUCGGAAAGGCUCAAGUGCUGUGAUUGAUACUGACUUUGGUCUCUCGGUCAGCUUUAAUUGGGACCACCAACUCACGGUCACUGUACCCGGCACAUAUAGAAAUACGCUCUGUGGCCUAUGUGGGAAUUUCAACAACCAACGUGCGGAUGAUGCUCUUGUGCCUGGGGGGAUCCUUGUUCCCCAAAUCCCCGUGUUUGGUGCUAAAGGCACAAAGACAUAUGACCCCAGCUGCAAAGAGGUCGUAGAUCCCACCUGCCCAGGAGUUGACAUCUUAGCAAAACAGCAGCGGGCUUCAGGACAGGAUUGCGGGCUCAUCGUAGCCACGAAUGGGCCUUUCAGAGAAUGCUAUGGCCAUGUGGAUCAAGAAGCUGCCUUUGAGGACUGCAUUUAUGACUCCUGCUUCCUCAAGGGACACUACGCUUUUGUCUGUGCAGCAGUUGCCAAUUAUGCGAAGGCCUGUCAAGCUGCUGGCAUCACCAUCUACCCCUGGAGAAUGUCAACCUUUUGCCCUCCACGUUGUUCUGCCAAUAGCCAUUAUGAAUUGUGUGCUAAAGAAUGUGACCAGGCAUGUAGCAGCCUUUAUUUCCCAACUCCUUGCCCCACCAAGUGUCAAGAGAAUUGUGUCUGCAAUGAAGGCUUUAUUCGGAGUAACGAUGCUUGUGUACCUUUGGCUAACUGUGGCUGCCUCCAUCAAGGGCGCUAUUAUCCAGUUUCUGAAGUUUUCUAUCCAACUUGCCAAGAACGUUGCAUCUGCCAGGCUGGUGGGAGCGUGGCAUGUGAAGUGACCCCUUGUGGUACCAACGAACAAUGCCAACUACAAGAUGGACACCAGAAAUGCUACCCAACUGGAAGUGCCACUUGUUCUCUUGUUGGAGGUCUCUACCUUACUUUUGAUGGGCUGCCCUAUGACUUCCAGGGCACCUGCUCCUAUAUCCUAACCAAGCUGAUCACAAAGAAUGUGAACCUGCACCCUUUCACUGUAGUGGUACAGAAUGAGGCCUCGGGGAAUGGAAACAUUGCAGUGCCCAAGGUGGUCACGGUGGAGGUCUCGGACUUAGUGCUUUCUCUGUUGAAAGACAAAUGGGGAUAUGCCCAGGUAAAUGGUAUACUCCAUCGCCUCCCUGUAAAACUUUUGGAUGGAAAACUCCGAAUCUACCAGCACGGCUUAUAUCAGAGGAUUGAGGCUUCCUUUGGUUUGACGCUGACCUUUGAUCUCUUCUACAAUGUGAGAACCACUGUUCCCAACAACUACCAGGGUCAUCUGGGUGGCUUAUGUGGAAACUACAAUGGACAGCCGAAAGAUGAUCUUCAGCUACCAGAUGGCAUGGUGACCUCAGAUGUGAUUGUGUUUGCUGCUGCCUGGAAAAUCCUGACCCCUGCGAUCACCUGUCCAGCCAAUAGCCAUUUCGCCAUCUGUUCUAAUAUCUGUGAAGUCACCUGUGCUGGGCUUACGGAUCACCUUGAAUGCCCAAUGACUUGUGUUGAAGGUUGUCAGUGUGAUGACGGCUUCUUCUGGGACAGCCUCAAAUGCAUCUCCCUGGAUGAAUGUGGCUGCUUUGAACACAACACAUACUAUCCGCCUGAUGUGCCCAUCUUGCAAAACAAUUGCAAGGAGAAGUGUGUCUGCAGUCCAGCUGGAGGAUUCUUCUGCGAAGACCAUGCUUGCGCGGCCAAUGAAGCCUGUGUGGUGAAGGAUGGGAUUAUGCAGUGCCAGAACAUAGAUCCUUGCAAAGUUAAGAUUUGCCGUCCCAAGGAGACAUGUAAGGUCAAGGAUGGACAGGCUGUUUGUGUCCCGGACUAUCAGGGACACUGUUGGUGCUGGGGGGACCCACAUUGUCAUACCUUUGAUGGUUACAGCUAUGACUUCCAAGGCACUUGUUCCUAUGUGCUCACUCAGUCGACAGACAUCGAUCAAAGCCUUGUACCCUUUUUAGUGGUGAUAAAGAAUGAAAACCGAGGGGGUAACAACGCUGUCUCUUACGUGCGACAUGUCCAAAUGCGUGUGUAUGAGCAAGAGAUAGCCAUCUAUAAACAAGAAAAUGGCAGAGUCUGGGUUAACGGGGUGAUCUUCAACCUGCCAGUAACUCUUCUGGGAGGUCAAAUCCGGAUCUUCUCAAGUGGCAACUCUGCCAAUGUGCAGACCGACUUUGGCCUAUUGAUGGCCUUUGACUAUAAGUGGCAAGUAGACGUCCACCUGUCUAGUAGCUAUUAUGGAAACACCGAGGGACUUUGCGGUAAUUUCAACCAGCUGCCAGGGGAUGAACUAAGGAGCCCCAAUGGUUUUCUGUUGCCCACUGUGAUCAGCUGGGCUACUUCCUGGACAGUGGAGGACGGGGAUCCACUUUGUUUCCAUGAGUGCAAAGGUGUAUGCCCCGUAUGUGAACCGCAACAGCUGGCAAAAUACAAAACAGAUGGAUAUUGUGGGAUCGUCUCUGUCUCAAAUGGACCCUUCCAGGAUUGUCAUGCUGUUUUAGAUCCUAACAUUAUCUUAGACAACUGUGGUUUAGAUGUUUGUAUGAAUGGAGGAGACCAUGACAUUCUGUGCCAAGCUGUGAGCUCUUAUGCUCAAGCGUGUCAUCAGAAAGGCCGCCGAGUUGGUGAUUGGAGAACCCCCAUCAAUUGCCCUGUCCCUUGUCCUGAAAAUAGCCACCAUGUGUCUUGUGGAAGUAGAUGUCCAGCGACUUGUUCCUCCCUCAACGCACCCGUGUUUUGCACAUUGGAAUGUGUGGAAACCUGCCAGUGUAACGACGGCUACGUCCUUAGCAUUGACAAAUGUGUGCCCAUAGAGAGCUGUGGUUGCUCUCACAAUGGCAUCUACUACAAGCCAGGAGAAGAAUUCUGGAACAAGGACUGCACUUCACAUUGUAAGUGUGAUCCCAGGUUUGGUGUCGUGGUGUGCACCCCAGCUUCCUGCCAGACUGGGGAGCAGUGCAAAGUGGUCAAUGGAAUACGCGGAUGCUAUGCUAGCUCUUCUACCUGCAUCUCCACGGGAAACUAUGAAUAUAUCACCUUUGAUGGGCACAGCUAUAGAUUUGAGGGCAGGUGCAUCUAUCAAUUGUCUAAAGUCUGCCUUCCCAAGCUUGGUCUCACACCGUUUGACCUCUCAGCUCAAAACAGCCCAGCUCCUGAUGGCCGUGCGGUUACAUUAAAAGUGUAUGGAAAAACCAUUACUGUCCGUACCGAUCAGGUGGAGCUGGAUGGCAACCCAGUGAAUCUGCCUUUCAAUUAUGAGGAAAAAAUUAAGGUUAAUUUUGACGGGAGUCAUUUUGUCCUUGUCACAAAUUUUGCCCUGGUGGUCAAACUCACCAAGGGAAACCUCAACAUUGAAACAACCGUGCCCGGGAACUAUGCAGGACAUUUGUGCGGGAUGUGUGGAAACGCCAAUGGAAACCUUGCUGAUGACACAUUGCAAGAAUACGGGGAAAAUUGGUUUGUAGGCUGCUCUCCAGGCUGUUCCCCAAAUUGUCCUCCCUGCUCAUCCGCUGAACUAGAAAGAUAUCAAACAGAUUCAUUCUGUGGGUUGUUGAGCCGGCCCGAUGGACCCUUCGCUUCCUGCUAUGAGGCCAUUCCAGCUGCACCCUUCUUUGAUGAGUGUGUCAAAAAGACCUGUGAAGUUCGGGGACAGAUGAAUGUUUGGUGUGACGUUAUUACUUCUUAUGUAGCAGCCUGUCAAUCCAGAAGUUUCCCUUUGAAGAACUGGAGGACUGAAAGCGUCUGCCCUCAUCCCUGCCCAGCUAACUCUCAGUAUGAACUUUGUGGGACCCGUUGCGCUGCGACCUGUGAAAACCCCCAGCUUCCUCUGAUGUGCAGGGCACCUUGUGGUGAAGGUUGCAUCUGUAACCUGGGGUUCAUCUUGAGCGGGAACCAGUGUGUCCCACUCCAGGAAUGUGUCUGUGAAUUUGAGGGCGUCUACUACAAAAAAGGAGAGGAAUUCUUCUCCAACGUUUUCUGCCGGAAACGCUGCCGAUGUAUGGAAGAUGGAACAGUUCAGUGUCACGACUUCUGCUCCGAUGAGGACUUCUGCAAAGUGGUGAACGCUGUCUCAGUUUGUUUCCCCAGAGAACCAGGCACCUGUUAUGUACUGGACGGCUGGAAUUAUGUCACCUUUGAUGGUGUACAUUAUUUGCUGCCAGCUCUUUGUUCCUACAUACUUGCCCAAAGUGACGAGCAGCACAAAUUCUCCAUCGUCCUGUCAGCUGGAUCCACUGGCAUUGAGGAAGUCAAGAUUCAGGUUUCUGGAUAUCAUGUAGUUCUUCAAAGAGGCAAGGCCUGGGAAAUUUUGGUCAAUGGAGAACGUCUUCACUUGCCAGCUAACUUUGGAGAUGUCUCGGCGAGACAAGAGGGAAAAGUUGUGCUAAUUCGUAGCAAUUAUGGCCUGCGGGUUUAUUAUGACCAUAAUGAUUGGGUUGCAGCAUCUGUACCUGGUACCUACCAGGGCCUCUUGAAAGGUCUUUGUGGCAACUUCAACAAGGACAAGAAUGAUGAAUUCUUCUUGCCCAAUGGGAAGCCAGCCCAAGAUUUGACUGAGUUUGGAAACUUUUGGAAAAUUGAAGGUGGCAAAUGCUUGGAAGGCUGCAAAGAUAAAUGCUAUCUCUGUGAUAAAAGUACUGAAGCAACAUUCCAAGGCAAAGACUACUGUGGGUUGAUCCAAGCUGUUCCAGGUCCAUUCAGUAGAUGUCACACCAUCGUUAACCCAGAGCACUUCUUCAAGUACUGCGUGGCCAGGCUGUGUUCCAGUAAUGGAGCGACAGAAUCUCUCUGCCAAAGUCUCCAGGCCUAUGCAACGGCUUGUCAAGUGGCUGGGACCACCAUUGAUGAAUGGAGACCAUUUACCCGUUGUUCUGCUCUGAACUGCCUGCCUGGCACCCAUUAUGAGCCUUGUGUGCGGAACUGCCAGGGCACCUGUGCAGGAAAUCUCGUGUGUGUGGAUCCGUGCGUCGAAGGCUGCGUCUGCAACGUGGGAACAUGGGCAAAUGGAGCAGCCUGUGUGAACCCAGAACAGUGUGGAUGCUGGUAUGAUGGGAGAUUCAUCCUGCAAGGGGAGACAUACAUCAUUACAGACUGUAAGAUGCGCUGCACAUGCCAGCGCCCUGGCCAGGUGGGCUGUCUCCUCCACAGCUGUGGCAAUGGUGAAGCUUGCGGAGUGAGAGAUGGGCUGCGUGGUUGCUUCCCCACUGAAGGCCGCUGCAUAAUGAUACCAGGUCAACAUUUCUCUUCCUUCGAUGGCCUGUCUGGAGAUGUAGUUGCUCCUGGAGCCUAUCAGUUGGCCUCCCUUUGCAACACCCUCUCCGACGAUUGGUUCCGCAUCAUACUUAAAGUCACGUUGUGUCUGCCUGCCCAAACGACCACGGCCACCUUGUACAUCUUCUUCAAAAAUGUAUUCAUUACGAUGAAUGACCAGAAAGAAGUUUGGGUGAAUGGGCUGCCGGUGAAAAUCCCACUUCAGAUCACAAACUCAGUGAAGUUUGACUUGACCGGUGACGUGAUUGUCCUGCAGACACCGCAGGUUCAAAUAACAUUUGGACCAAAUCACAGAGUAGCUGUGUCUGUCAUCCCAGCUUUGGCAGGGAAGGUGUGUGGAGCAUGUGGAAACUUCAACGACACACCUUUGGAUGACUUGAAGGGGCCAGGCGGAGUGGAUGUCAGCAACCUUCCAGAGCUCUUAUUGUCUUGGACAGCCAGAGAUUUUGCUUUACUGUGUGCCUAGGGAGAAGAAUGAGCAGGCUGAUCUGAUGAUGCUAAUCGAAUAGUGGAUUGAAAUCAAGAAGAAAGUCUUCGGCAAGCCUCAUCAUCAAAGGAAGUUGACCUGGGAAACAUAACUUUUCAGAGGUCUGAGUUUCCAUAGGAAUUGCUCAAAUGAAGUUAAGCGAUGCGGAAUUUAAAAUUCUGUAAAAGUAGAUUCUCUUAAUUAAAAAAUUAUUUGCUCUAUGAGGACCCUUUGCCAUAAUAAUUUAGUUUAGAGUGAUCCUGUGGAAGGGAGCAUGAAGAGGAUAACAAGACACAGGGUUGUAUUUUGUGGAGAAGGAUGAAGAAGGCUCAUCUGAUCACCAUAAUAAAAAAAAGUGCAGAAUAAGGGGGAACAGGGAAACUGGGGUGCUAUUUUCAAGGCCAAAUCUAACUACCUCACUGCCCAUAUAGAUUUGGGUGCUUUUUCUGUUUGUGUACUUAAUGAUUGCCAAUAUACCUUUUCCAUCUCCUGUAAAAUCUUUUCUCAAUCUAUUUUCUUUCUCGCUAUAUCUCAGUCAGUUUGGCUGGUAGCCCAGAGAUCAUUGUU